UCCCCAGGUAUGCGGCUCUGUUGUCUGCUUAAAGAAGGUUGAGGCUGUCCUGAAAUUAAGAAGAGUACUGCUGAGUGAUUCUCUCCCUGAGGAGGCACGGAGACUGAGAGAGACUGAGAGAGCGAGGAGGGAGAAGGUUGUUUAUUUAUAAGCUGUGGGUUGUUCAUUUUUUUGCUUACCACUGCAUUAGAGAGAGGGAGAGAGAGGAUGGAGAAAGCGAGCCAAACAUUUUCCCAAGACUUUAUUGCCCUUUACUACUACUUUUGGUGUCUGACUUAGGAAGAGCUUGGAACAAAAAUACCUCUUCUUAAGGAAUUUAAUUUUUUGCUGUUGUUGUUUGCACUUGAGGAGGAAAAGAGAUUGAGAGGAGCUGAGGAGAGACUGUCACUUUAAAAAAAGGGAGAUUAACUCAAUAUUGCACGAAAGCAGGAGAAUUACUUGGGAUUUUUAAGACUGGAUGCUUAGCUGCUGCCUUUUUUCGUCUGGAAAGCUAUUAUCUGGAGCGCACUCCCAAGUUCAGCAUCUCUGGCUGCAGUGCAGUUUCAGAGCUGUUCAUUUGAAGGCAGUGAAAGCGAGAGGGAGAAAAGACAGGGAGACAGGAGACUAGCUAUCAUCUGUGGCCUCCUUUGAUUUCAACAGGAAAGAAUAACAUCUUUUUUCCUGUUUCGUUUCCCUGCUGGGUGACGUGCUGCCGUGGGAUCUGCUACAGAAAAAAAAUAUAUCCUGGAUACUGUUGCUGUUUCUUUUUAUCACUGGCACUGAACUCAGAGAGAGACCCAUGAAGCAAAAAUAGUAAGAUCAUCUGAAUACACUGCAAAAGAGUGCAUGACUAGAGAAGGAUAAUAUCCAAAUCCGGUGAUAGGAGGAACCCUGUCAGGUCUUCUGUUUUUAUCCACCAUUUGAUUCUGGCAGACAGCACAUGGGUCGCACAGAGCAGGGAGGGAAUGUGGACUAAGGAAAGGGAGGCCCUCCAGUUACCCACCAUCUGCAACACACGCGGUAAAAGGCUUCCAAAUUGACAGGUUCGCUUUCAUUGUAUGUAACAGGUAGGAUGGUGGCCGGGGAGGCUAGCGUUCACAGCUCCCUGGUGGCUUGCUGGCAGCCCAUCCUGCUAUUGAUGUUGGGUACUGUCCUGUCAGGUUCAGCCACAGGUUGUCCCGCUCGCUGUGAGUGCAAUGCCCAGGAGCGCUCAGUACUCUGCCACCGCAAGAGGCUACCAGCUGUACCAGAGGGCAUUCCCACAGAGACACGGCUCCUGGACCUUAGUAAGAACAAGAUCAAGACCAUCAACCCAGAUGAAUUUGCCCCCUACCCCCAUCUUGAGGAGCUGGAACUUAAUGAGAAUGUGAUCUCCACAAUUGAGCCAGGCGCCUUCAACAACCUCUAUGGCUUGAGGACACUGGGGCUGCGGAGCAACAAGCUGAAACUCAUUCAGAUAGGGGUCUUCACAGGACUGAGUAACCUCACCCACCUGGACAUAAGUGAGAACAAGAUAGUUAUCCUUCUGGACUACAUGUUUCAGGACCUUUAUAACCUCAAAGCUCUGGAAGUGGGAGACAAUGAUCUGGUUUUCAUCUCACACCGUGCAUUUCAUGGACUCAACAGCUUGGAGCAGCUCACCUUGGAGAAGUGCAAUCUGACGUCCAUCCCCACUGAGGCUUUCACUCACCUCCACAGUCUAAUUGUGCUCCGGCUGCGGCACCUUAACAUUAACAUUAUUAGGGAUUAUUCUUUCAAACGGCUACACCGGCUAAAGGUUCUGGAGAUCUCACACUGGCCCUUUCUGGAUACUAUGACCUCCAACUGCCUCUAUGGACUCAACCUGACCUCUUUGACCAUUACUCACUGCAACCUGACCACUAUUCCAUAUGUGGCUAUCCGCCAUCUUGUCUACCUGCGCUUCCUGAACUUGUCAUUUAACCCCAUACAUACCAUAGAAGGAGGCAAGCUUCACGAUUUGCUUCGACUCCAGGAAUUUCAUCUUGUUGGGGGUCGACUGGUAACAAUAGAGCCAUAUUCCUUCAGAGGAUUGAACUACCUGAAGAUCCUCAAUGUCUCAAGCAAUUCUUUAACCACCCUAGAGGAAUCUGCCUUUCACUCAGUGGGAAACCUGGAAACUCUAAAUCUUCACGAUAACCCUCUGGCUUGUGACUGUCGUCUGCUUUGGAUCUUUCGCCGCCGCUGGAGACUCAAUUUCAACCGUCAGCAGCCCACAUGCAGUAUGCCUGAGUUUGUCCAAGGAAAAGAGUUUAAGGACUUUCCAGAUAUUCUUCAGCCUAACUAUUUCACCUGCCGUAAAUCCCGAAUUCAGGACCGCAAGCCUCAGCAAAAGUUUGUGGAUGAGGGGACUACAAUUCACUUUGUGUGCCAGGCAGAUGGAGAUCCAGCCCCUGUAAUAAUGUGGUUGUCGCCUCGUAAGCACCUCAUUACAACGAAGACCAUCGGCAGACUGACAGUGUUUCCAGAUGGCACCUUAGAAGUGCGAUAUGCACAAAUCCAGGACAAUGGCACAUAUAUGUGCAUUGCCAGCAACGCAGGUGGAAAUGAUACUGUUUUGGCCCAUUUGCAUGUCCGUAGCUAUUCACCAGACUGGCCCCAUCAGCCAAAUAAGACUCUGGCCUUCAUUUCAAACCAGCCUACUGACAACGGUGCCAAUGGAACCCGUGCUACUGUUCCCUUCCCUUUUGACAUCAAGACAUUGAUCAUUGCUACAACAAUGGGAUUCAUCUCUUUUCUUGGUGUUGUUCUAUUUUGUUUGGUGCUUCUCUUCCUCUGGAGCAGAGGUAAAGGUAACACCAAGCACAACAUAGAAAUUGAAUAUGUGCCCCGCAAGUCAGACGCUGGCAUGAGCAGCAGUGCUGCAGAAGCACCCCGCAAAUUCAACAUGAAAAUGAUCUGAUAGUUUGAUGGCCCAGAGAACCAACAUAAAGAUAAAUCAAUUUUAAAAAAAGUUCUCCCUAACAGUCCCAGGAUCCUGGGAUUUUAUUCUAGAUUUACAGAAUUUUCCUGACUUUAAACACCAGAAGGGGAUGUUCUUUGCUUUCAUUUUUUUGCUGAAAUUAUGAAAGAAACUAACACAGCUCAUGUCCUUCCUGGAUGUUUGAUCAAGACUGAAUUCUGAAGGGCCUUCAGGGACCACUUCUUUGAAACCGAACUUCAUUGUACGGGAUUCUUGUGGAUUUUUAUGGGAAAAAAGUUGAUUAAAAAUAAAAUAAAUUAAUCCUUUUAAAAUUUCUUAUCAUCCACCAGAAUGCAAAAGGCAGAUCAGUUUUCUCCAUGCAGUCCUUUGCCUUUCAUUUUUGCUUCUUUUUUAUGAAAAUAUUAACAGAUUUUAUGGAAGGAUACAACUAGGCAGAGCACUGAAAAACGGGUUGGUGAACACAUUGACCUUCAGCCAUACAAAAAGAGAGGAUUCCAUUUUUUCACAGCUUUUCAGCCAUAAUAAAUUUCACUAGGUGUAAAAAAAAAACGUAUUUCCUUUUAGAGCUUUAGACCUCCUGUAUAUUUUCCAUGGGCAAUUUGUGGACAAACUACUCACUUUAUGGGAAACAAAUCAGAUGUGCAAAUUACCAGAGGGAAAAUGAUGUCCUCAAUCAUGGCAAUAUUAAAAUAUUCUUUAAAUAAUACAAUAAAAAAUUUAUUUCACUACCAUGUCCAAAAAAGUCUUUGCUCAUACCCUGUACUACACCCUUAACAAACAACAAAAUCCUUAUAUUUUUUUUCUAGUGUGGCCCUUAUACAGUUUUAGCAUUAAAUGUAUUUGAUCUGCUUUUCAAGCCAAAGUGAAAAAUGUAAAUAAUAUGUUUAUUGGUACUGAUUUUUUUUGCUAAAAUUAAGUACAUUAGGAAAGGGAUCAGAAUAACUGUGAGAACACUCAGCUAAAGGGUCAGUCUUGCUCAGGAAAUGUUGUGUCAUGUAUACUGUGUAUGUUUUAUAGUAAGAAGCCAGUGAGGUAGAGAUACAACCUUUGUGAUAGCAACAGGUAUGGGAAUGGUAGGAGUGUCACCCUCUAUUGUGGUAAUUAGUCUUGCAUGUUAAAAAGCAGUCCAAAUUAAUUCCAAAUAAUCACUCCUGGGGUUUACACAAACUUCAAAAUCACCUCCACAGUAACUUUGUGACAUGGCACACAUGCAUCUUAUGCAUUCCUAUUGUCUGUCAUCUAAAAUGGAGAGAAAGAUUUCUGCACUUCAGAUCCCAUUUAAUCUAAUAUGAACCCUUAUUAUUCUUCACAAGAGUUAGGGGAACACACUCAUUCAAUAAUCUUAUUUUUUUUUAUUUGGCUAUACAGUAUACAGCAUGUUACACUACAAGAUGAUUGUGUAAAAAGAAAAUGAGUGCUAAUUAGGAAUGUAAGCAAACUACUAAGUGGUCAUGAUACUAAAACAUGAAGCACGUCUCACAUUAUAAACAGCUGUUCUUAAUAUAAUAUAUGGACAUUUAAAUGCUCCCUCUCAUAUUCAUAUUCAUUGGGUAAUUUGUAUUUACUUGUGAUGUUUUAGUUCCUAAAAUAAAACUAAUCAGAAAAGCUUUUCCUAUACCUUCCAAGUGAAACAUUGUCUGUGUACGCCCUUUCAUUAACUUUAAAGGAACGCUGUAUAAAAAUGAAAUGUAUUGGGGACUAUUGUCUUCUCUUUUGACAGGACAGCCUCACAAACCUCAACCUAUCAAACCUCACAUCCCAGCUACAAUUUCAAGUAAAUGCCAAUAAAUGUGAUUCAAAUACUCCCACCUCUCCAGUCUUGACCGUUUUGAAAUUAUGAGGAGUUUCAUGAGGAAAAAGAGACAUAGUAAUUCAAAGCAUUGUGUUUAAAAUGAAAGCAGCCUUUGUAUUUUAAUGACUUUUUUGUGUAGAAGAAAAGAAUUAGGCUUAAUGUGCAUAUUACUAUAUGGGAGCUACAGAGCAUUUUAACUCUAUACUGUCCCGUCUUCCAACUGUAAAAAUUAAAAUCACUAAUGUAAUAUACAGUACGUUCGGCUUAUAAAACUGAAGCAGAAAUCAUACAGCUGAGAUCAGUCAGUGACUAAAUAUAAGAUUUAACAUAAUAAAAUAAUUAUUUAAUAACCAAAAGCCUAUUUUCCUAUUUUACAUACAGUAUCCACAGAAAGUCAACACAGCCUUUGCAAAAUAACACAUAUUGUGGCCUAACAGCCUGAAAUCAAGACACAUUAAAUCCAAAUUUAUUUUAACUUUAUUAACACAAUGUAACACACAGCCUCCAAGUGAAAAACAAAUGUUCAACCUUUCUGAAAAGCACAAAUGAAAACAUAAAAUGGCACCUUUUACUUAAAUUACAGAGAUAAUUCUGAUUAAAUAGGUUUAUAUCAAUGUACAGUAGCACACCCAGAUUUGAAAAGGUUGAUCCAUUUGUUCUUACAGAACUGUUCAAGCUCAGUCAAAUUGAAAACAAUUUUAUUUAGUUUGAUGUCAGGGCCCUGAGUGGGACACUAAAGGACAUUUACCUUUUUGUUCUUUGGCCAGUCCGUUGUUGCCUUGGUUAUGGGCUUCCUUCCCAAUUUCAGUUUCAUAAGUUUUUCUUUAAGAAUCUGUAUUUUGCUUAAUCCUUUUUCGCUUUGAUCCUGACCAGUGCCCCAGUCCCUGUUACAGAGAAUCACACCCAUAACAGAAUGUUGCCUCCACCGUACUUCAAAGUAAGGAUCAUGUUUUGUUUUUGGUGUGCUGUAUUGUUUGCAUUCAGGCAAAAAGGUUCUAUCCUGAUUUCAUCAUCAUCGUUUUUUCCAGAUGGCUUCGUAAUCAAUGUUGUUUUGCAUACCUUAAACGCGACUCAGUAUGAGCUGUUUUAAGAAGUGAUUUUAUUCUUGCCUCCUCCCAUACAACCUAGUCAUGUGGACUAUUUCACAUAGUGGUCUUUGACUAACCAUUUUCGGACCCUAUGCGUGACGGCAGGAAAGGAUUACAGGCGCUGGAGGCAGAUGUCAGGAAAGACACGCAAGGGUUUAUUAACACAAACCAGGUGACAAGUGAUUUUUCGUGCAGGCGUGACAAUGUGACACAAGGGGUUAAUCCAAAUAGAGACACCCAGAUGAGCUGUGUCAGCCUGAUUUACGCCUUAAAUGAGGAAACUGAGAUAGAUCGGGAGUCGGAGUGCCCCCUGGAGGUGAAUUGUCUACUGUGACAUGGACAGCUUGGGAUAUUGUUGUGACAUGUACACACUGACCAGUCUUUGAAAGUCCUUCAAAAUUCUCAUUGGUUUCAUGGUGGUCUCUCUGAUCAGUCUCCUUUUCACUUGGUUAUCCAUUUUAGAGGGGUGACCUGAUAUUGGCAUGGUCUUGGGGGUGCCAUAUGCCUUUCACUGCUUAAUGAUGGUCUUGACUAUUUUCCAAGGGAUAUUUAUGGGCUUUUAAAUGUUUUUCUAUUCAUCUCCUGUUCUGUGACUUUCAACAAUUUAAUCUUGGAAGUCUUUUGGUAGCUUCCUGUUGCACAUAUUUGACUCUUUACUUUGAGAUGCACUGCCUAUUGGAGCAGCUGAUUUUAUUCUAAAAUCAUCAGAACCACUGAAGUUGAACACAACUGGGAAAUAAUUAGAUUGUUGUUUGAUUUGGAAGACAAUUGGUUACACCAGAGCUAAUUUACAGUUGCACUUACUGAGAGGUGUGUAUACUUACCAAACCCAUUUUCUAGGCUUGCAUUUGUAAUCACUUGUAACUGAGCAUUUGUUUUAUACAUAAAGGUUGUGUUUUACAAUGUUUAAAUAAUGGUAAAAUAAGUACUGAAUUAAUAUAUCUUGAUUUAAGACUCUCAGGCUACAAAAUGUGUUGCUUUGGAAAGGGUGUGUAGGUUUUUAAUAGGCAUUUUAUUAUAAUUAUAGAAAUUAAUAUGGUUCUUGACUGAAGAUUCAUAUCUAUACAUUGUCAAUAUAUUGAAAUGUUAGGUACCAACAAUAACACAAAUCUUCUCAUCAAUCAAAAUAAAUAAUACUUUCAACUUUGCAUUUGCAGGUUAACAACACAUGUUGUAGCAGUUCAAGUAGGUAGCAGCAUCAGCAUGCGUAGGCUGCAAAGGAACAAGUUACAGGUUUAUUCCAUGCUGAAAAGAGAAGAAAAGAAACACAACCUUUUGGCUGUGGAGCCUUGACUUGACUUGCCUUGAAACACAGGCUCCACAGCCGAAAUGUUGUGUUUCUUUUCAGCAUGGAAUAAACCUUUAUUUGUUCCUUUGCAACAUAUGUUGUAUACUAGGAAACAAAGUCAUUAAAUAAAAAAUUUAAAAGGCUGCAAAUUAGGUAAUUUGGCUACUUAUUGAUUCCCGGUUUUCACCCAGCCAUUUCUUGAAGAAUCAAAGUCUUACUAGAAAGCAUGGUUGUACUGUAUUUCUAGAGUUGGAUGCUCACUAACUAAAACCUUCAAAUUCUGUGCUAAUCUGAAGUUCAUGUGUUCAGCAACCCACCAAGCCGUUAAAACACUAGCUUUCAGUUUCACAUUUUGCAAGCCGGAAAUGUUUUUAAAGGAAAAAAAAGUUCAAAAGAUUUAUUAUUUUAAAUCCUUAUUCUAAAUAAAACAAACUGUCAUUUUGUCAAAUAUAUCAUCAAUCAAUUGUAAGGUUCUUCAUUCUGAUUUUGAAAGAACUACACAACGUGUUUCAUUUGAUCUACUUGGUUAUAUGUCCCAAGCCCUAAUCCUAUAAAGUGCACACUAUAGACAGCUGGGCCAACAGCUGGAUGAAGGGUGGGGUUAUAUAUAAUAAAAUAUUUAAGUAGUUAAGAAGUUAAGAGGUUGAAAGUAUUCAUUCAAAUGCAAUUUACAAACAGCUGACAAAAUAUGAAAAAGGCUUGUACUGUGCUGGUCUAAGGUCGAAUUUGGUGAAUAAGACUCAGUUUGUUAAAGAUGUGUAUACAUUACUCAGCCUUCCAGCUCCACUAAUUAACAGGUACAUUGAAAUGGUCUUUGUAUUUUCUUUUCUUAUCUCCAGGACUGCAUUGAAUAUGUAGUCAUAAACAAAGAACUUUUUAUUAAAAAACAAAACAAAAUAAUUGACAAAAACGUUCAACUUGUUCUGUGCAAUAAAGGUAAUAUGCAGAUUUUUUUUUAAUUGACACAAUUUUAUUGAUGUUAAAUUGUUUGAUGAAAUUAUGGUAUGUUGUAUUAAACAAUCUAUGGAGUUUUUUUACAUAAAUGGUCCAAUCAUUAAUUC